AUGGAAGAUGGCAAUGUCAUUGAACACAUCCGGGAAAGCUGCACGCGGGACAAUCCAAAAAAGGAGAUUUUCGCGAAUGCCUUUCUCGCAGCCGUGUCCCACUCAGGUCACUCUGCGUUUCGCUGCAUGAAAGUGGCACUCGUCAAGUACAUAACAGCAGACCUGGGAAUCCCCCAGCACGAAUACAAAAUCAACGACUUGACUCCCCUCAUCAUUGGACUUUUUGACGAUGAUGAAGUCCCCCAAUUCGACGAAAAGGAUAUGCGCAGUCGGGAAGCAGCCAUGUUUCAUUGUAUUAAAUGGAGGAAGGACAUUUGCGGCGAGGAUGCACCCAAGAAACUCACCGAGCGUUAUGUGGCCAUCGUGAAGAAACCUGGUGGUAUCCCUCCUGCUGAUUUGUCUCGGAUGGUCGAAAUGCUUGACCGCAAUGAUUACGUCGACGAUGAAGAGCUGGCUUCAUGGAUUGUUGACACAGGCGACAUCUCACCGAUGCUGGGGGAUGACCCAACCGGGUUCCCGAGCGCCCCCUUAGUGAAGGACCUAGGGGAAUGGUUGAACACUUUCGGCAUUACAACCACAGAUUACGAUGCACAAUACGACACCACCUUGUGGAAUCAACCUUUCAUUGACAUAGUCGACGAACGCUACGCCAAGAUCAUGAAGGACAACAACGCUUUGUCCCUCCUUGUAGAGAAGCGCAAAUCAACCUACCAGGAAUAUCUUUGGCCGAAGGAAGAUAUCUCCGCUCUCCCACCGGCAUUUGGGGAACUGAAGCGGUUGAUGGAAGAAAACAACGACCUGGAGAAACGCAUCUUCCAUAACCACAGUGACCUUGCUGAACACACGGUGCUCACCAAUGAGGGGAUGUUCGCACAACGUAUGAUUGACAUUUUCCCUGAUAACUUGAAGGUUUACAUGGAAAUGCACAAUUCCUACAAGAGGGGAAUGGGAAUGUUCGACUCCUACAAGAAGACAAAGGCAAAGGGCGAGUAA